AUGUACAAAUCGGCGCCAGCGUCGCCGACGAAUUCUGUAAGCACGGGCGGAAUUCCGUCGCGUUUAGGAGGGACGGGAUACAAGUCUAAUGAGGGAGGCCAUCCCUUCAGGCUAGAUUCAGAGAGGAUGGUUAUACGACAUCUCAAAGGAAUUUCUGUGAAUGGAAUACGGCUGGAUAUGCCGAAGACACCCAAACCACGACGCGGGGUGCCGCGAUCGCUGCUUCUAUCGCAAAAGACCACAAAGAGUUCGACUGAUCUUGCGCAAUUGAGGGCCCAGCAUUUACAGGAGCCUCCAUUUGUACCCAGCGGAUUAAAUCUGCCGAGGCGACACCCAAAAGAGACGAUAUUUGGACUUAAUGAUGCAGCCCAGAAGCAGUACAGACUGCAGGAAAUCAACGGCAAAUGUUUGGUUGAUACAUUUGUUUCACUCCAUGAUAUUUCAAGUGAUGAGCCUUUUUACAUAACUGAGGUGGUUAAAGAUACUGCUUUUGCCGACUUUGAAGACUUUGAUCUGACAGGUUUGAAGGUUGCUCAAAGAGGAGCUCUUACCAUCAUGGUCUGGUGCAGAGAGCACGGAUCAGCAGUGUGGACUCUUCUCAUGCGAACGUUUUUGAGACUCACGUUUCUGGAGUAUGUUGGUGAGAGUCAUGAAGCUGUUUUGGCGAAAACUGACCGCAUGAGAAAUACAAUUGUUUUGCGGUUAGGCGACGGUUAUUACCUCGUCCCAGAAUCCGCUUCGCGAAUAGCAGAGGCCGAUUUGACCUCACUAAAAAUUCUCAGACGCAAACUAAGUCAUUCACAACAACCGACUUGCUCUUUUGAUCAGAUCUUGAAACUGAAUAGUGUCCAAAUGAGUGUGGUGGAUACUCUCAGUGUGAAACAGAGAGUGGCUGCUGAGGUCAACCAAAAGCUCGAAGAACAGACAAAUUAUGAGUCUCAGAUAGCCGAUCUAAGGCGACAGAGUCAAGGUUAUAAUCUGGCAAUUUCCCAGGCAAAAUUGGCUCUAGAAUCGUUGCAGAAGAGUCUCUCGGUGACUCGGUCUUUGAUACGCAAAAAGGCCGAACUCAUUCACCAGUCUCCUGCUGAAAGAGUAAACCAUGCCAAAGUCGCAGUUUGUCGUGAAGAAUUUGGAGAAGUCUCUAAUGCUUUGGAGGAUGUUAAAGAACGAAUCAGCGUCGAGAGAGCCCGAAUAGCUUCUGAAAUUGCAGAGGUGUUCCCCAUGGAGUCUUCAGAACGCGGCUACGAAUUUGCCAUUUUCGGGCUAAAACUUCCCUCGUCACCAAGCAGAUCAUUGUCACGUUCUCAGGAGACUGAAACUGCUGCUGUGCUAGGGUUUGUGUGUCAGGUGAUUUACAUGCUGUCUGCCUAUCUGAGGUGCCCAUUGCGGUAUCCAGUGGAGCCAUUUGGAUCUCAUUCCUAUAUCAUGGACCCAAUUAGUAUCAUUUCUGGAAGUCGCAUGUUUCCUUUGUGGGUCCAAGAGAAGACCCUGUAUCGUUUCGAGUACGGUCUCAUGCUGGUGUGCAAGGAUAUCGAACAGUUGAUGGAAUCUGUGGGCCUACGCACUGCUGAGCCCCGCAACAUCCUUGGAAAUCUCAAGAUGCUGCUUCUGUGUGUUUCAUCUCGACCAGAUAGCGAUGUCGAUGUUUCUGCUUUAGAAAAUGCGAACUUGUACAAGUCAAGACUGGACCAUAUCAAGAGGCAUUUGAACCAGCGGAGUCUUUCUGUGAGGAGGUAA